AUGAGCCAGCCACCACAACCACCACCACCAUCAGGUGCCAAACCAAUACAAAGAUUAAAGACUAUGAAGCCAUCAACACCUGGUGAUAUAAAUAAUAUACCCCCAUCUGCUCAUGGAAUAAAGAUUAAAAAAGAAUUCAAACCAAACGUACCAACAGUUAGAAAGAAAAACGAUAAAGAUCCAUUAGUAUCAGGACCAAUUACAGAUUUAAUUAAUGCAUCGUUAACACCAUUAAAUGUUGGUGAAAGACCAAAAUUAUCACAAGCAACAUCAAAACUUAGACCAAGUUUUAAUCCAAAUAGAAAGAAACCAGCAGCUAUACCAAUGAGUAAUUUAUUCAGUACACCAUUGGUUCAAGCAGAUACGCAACAAUCGUCAUAUGAAAUUAAUAAGAAAAAAGAAAAGAAAGAUUCAGAACUUUUAGCACAACUUUUCCAUGAAAUGGAGGUCGAUCCAAUGCAACCAUUCCACCCCACCCAUUUACCAUUGGUAGAUCCAAGAAAAAUUAUGAAGGCAUAUUCAUUAGAUGAUGCAUCCAAAGAUUUGGAUGAAAAAAGAAAAGAAUUAGAAUUAAAGAUGGCAAAUGGUGAAUUAUCAGAUCAAACCAAUUUCGAUUUGAAUGCAAACAUGUCAGAUAUUGGAAAGAAGAAAAAAGAACCUCAACAUAUAAAAUCAAGACCAUUCUAUAUAGACGACCAAUUUCAAGAUAAAGAUAAAUUAUUUUUCAUACAAUUACCAAACUCAUUACCAUCAACCAAAACUAAACCAAAUUUCAAUAUACCUUUCCCACCACCAGGUUUACUUAAACCACCUGCAGGUCAACCACAAUCACAACAACCUCCUUCACAACCAAUAAAUGUAGAUAAUAAUAAUAACAACAACAACAACAACAACAACAAUGCAAAUGGUGAAAAUGCAGCACCACCAACAUUAGAUGAAAAAACUUUUAUACCAAUGGUUUAUCCUGGAGAUUUCCCAAAUACUCUCAAAGAAUUGCCAAGUGGUCAAUUAGGUACUCUUAAAAUUUAUAAAUCUGGUAAAACAAUUCUUAAAAUUGGUCCUGUAGAGUAUGAUAUAUCUGCUGGUGAUAAAAUUAAAUUUUUAGAAGAGGUUAAUUGUUUUUCAAAAGAUGGUCCAACAUGCUAUACUUUGGGUACACCUGCUCAACAUUUAGUUGCUGCUCCAAUUAUUAGCGACAAUCUAAUUUAA